AGUAAAUGUGUUCAAAGUUAUUAAAUCUAGGGGUCAAAUAGUUUUUGAGCCCAGAAGGCUACUGUGGGUUGGAUUUAACCAUAGCAUAGGAAAUGAUAGGUGAGGCAAGUAAGGGCUGGAAAGAGGGAUGGGCCUGGCAGCAAGAUGCGCGUGGAUGCACUGAGUGGAACAUAGCAUAUUUUCCUCUUCUGGAAGAGGAGGAGACUUGAGCAGUUGUCUCGUCUUGUUUGUGCAUCGUCUUUGAUCUAAAUGGCUUCACAGGCAACAGGAUGAUGCUCCCAACCAGAUUGGGGCACUCGAAGCAGGUGGAAUCACCUCAUUUCAGAGCAAGUGAGAUCAUGAGCUGGAGGCACCAUGAAUGGAUGCAUUUGUUAGGAGUUUGCAUGCUCUUCAGGCUGCCUUUGGAGGUCAUGUAAUGCAUUGUUGAGGAGUUACGCCGGAUGAAGAAUUUGCUGAACAGGAUUAAGUCCACACGUGCCUGAGAGCAUCAGGUGUCAGAUCAUUCGGACAUCAGCCCAGCGGACAUGGAACGGCGGGGCGGGGGUCAAGUAGAGCGUGGUCGAGAGACACACAAAGUUCUGCAGAGUACUCCUUUAGACCUGAUUGAGACUGGCAAAUCCUUGAAAGUCCAAGCGGAGCGCCCUCAUCUGGUCAGUUUGGGAAGUGGCCGCUUGAGCACAGCAAUCACCUUGCUGCCACUGCAGGAAGGGAGAACCACACUGGGCAGCGGAGGCACGGACAUUGCUCUACUGGGCCCCGGAAUUAAAGCUCAGCAUUGCUACAUUGAAAAUCAGGCAGGCACCAUUACCUUGUACCCGUGUGGGAACCAGUGCGCCAUCGAUGGACUCUCCGUCAGCAAACCUUACCGUCUGUCACAAGGCUGCAUGCUGUGUUUUGGUCAGUCAACUUUUUUCCGCUUCAACCAUCCAGAAGAGGCCCUGAGGAUGAAGAACAUGUUGCCUGGGGGAAGCCAAACACUAAGCACAACAAAUCCACAGCAUUCUGACCCCCGCAGCAUCCUGAAUGGGACCCACCAGACGUUUUCUAGCAACGGCAGCUCCAAAAUCAGUACCUUAAUGAAAGAUGUCCACGGGAGUCUCUCACAGAAGGUGCCAUCGUCCCCCAAAGCGGCGAAAGCGUCACUUCCUCAGCCCGCUCAGAAUAUGCUCAAUGGUAUAAGCAGCGCCGCGAGAGACGAGAGCGCUAGCUCUGUGGGAAAUUCUCCACUCGUGCCUCCUCGGUCCAAUAUGCCUGUGCCUCAUCCGCGGACAUCCCUCUCUACGACCUCAAGCAGUGAGCAGCGAGCACAAGACAGCCUGAAGCUUCUAAGGAAUGUCAGGUCAGAGGUCACAUCAAGCCCCACAAUGCCCAGCAGGGGGUCCGGACAGGGCCUAAGUCACAACGCCCCACCGGCGGCUCCGUCCAGCCCUGGACUGAGAGGUUCCUCCCUUCAGAGGAGACACCCAAGCCCUAGACGAGAACCGCUCCGGACGCCCGAGUCGACCGGAUCCACCAGCCUUCCACCUCUGAGUCCUUACAUGUCCCGCAGAGGGACUCCAGGAUCGCAGAGCGUCAAACCCGUUCAGCAGAGCCCGAAGACUCAUCGCAAAGCUGCGGCCCCCUCAAAGGCUGAGGCCAUGAGGGCCUUUUACGCCCACAAUCCCUCCCCUGUGAACGCAGCAGAGACUGGAAGCAGACAUCAGAGCAACACCCUCAUCCCGGGUCCUCUGUCGCGCUCAUCUCCUGCCACGAGUCCUCGCAGCCAAAGAAAGACCUCUUUUGAGAACAUCGAAUCAUCCAGCAUCCUCUCCAACACUAUGAAAGCUUAUUCCCGGGAGCGCAAGAACAGCAUAUCUGCCAUUAGCGACAAUGAGGAUGAACUUCUGGAGUACCACCGCCGGCAGAGAGAAGAGAGGUUGCGUGAGCAGGAAAUGGAGAAGCUGGAGCGCCAGCGGCUGGAGACCAUCCUGAGUCUGUGUGCAGGGUAUAACCAUGAGGACAACGCGGCAGAGCUGGCGGAGGUGGUGAGGAGUGGACUACUAAGGGGAGGGAGGGGUGCAAGUGGCGAUAUGCAGAGAGGCAAGGAGAUCGAUGAUGAGGCGCAGGCAGAGGAAUCCAGCAGCACUGAGAGCACGCAUCAAGAGUGUGAGGAGGUGCCAGCCAGUCAGGAGCAGAUCUACCUGGAAGAGGAGAGGAGCAAGAUGUUGGCCAAAGUGGAUGACCUGAGGCACAGAGUCAACGAGCUGGAGCACCAACUAAAAGAGACCAAACAAGAGGUGGAGAUGGAGCAGGCUCUGCUGCAGGCCGAGAGGCAGGCAGAGCAGGAGCAGGUAGAGGCCGAACGGGAGCAGAUUUCUCAGCUUCAGCUCAAACUUAGCCAGUUGAACAAGGCCACUCAGAGGGAGAAGGACAAGGGGAGGGCUAAUGUCUCAGCUGAGCGGAAGGUCCUGGAAAAGCAGAGGAAUGAAUACAAUGAGCUGAAGAGGCAGUGUGAUAAGUGCCCCUUGUCUCUAAGGGAACAGUUACAGGAGCAGCUCAGCAGGAAAGCUGAAGCUCUGGAAGCUGGCUCAAAGCGAUUUGAGGAACUGGAGUUCUGCCAGCUGGAGGAGGAGAGCAGUCUGGAAGAGCAAAAGGAGACUCAGGCCUCGCAGUUUCUUCAGGAGCAAACUGAGUAUCACUGCAGCGUGGCCAAGAGGAAGGAGAAAAUGGCCACUCUGGACGCUCAGGUGAAGCAACUGGGCUUACAAGCUACUCAUGACUGUGAGAGGAUGGCAAAAGAAAGGGCGGCCACCCUGCAGCUCUUACACAAGGAGCAGGACAAAUUAUGUGCCCUGGAGAACAGGUACCACAGCAUGACUUUUGGUAGGAGCUUCCCAAAGAGCAACAGCAAAAUGACAGAGGGUUUACUCCAUAUCAACGAACCCGAGCUUGUUUAUGAGGACGAGCCCUCGCUUAGCCAUUGUCCUUCCUCUACCUUACACGUCCCUUCCCCUGAAGUCUACCCUGUUAGGCUACAGGAGGAGUACCUCAGGAUGUCUGAUGUCUAUAAGAUGUAUGGAAACGCUUGUGUGCACCCUCAUUCCUGUUCCCCCGCUCCCCUCGCUGUAGCUGACGCUGUGCCAUGUGAGGUAGAAAGCCUGCCUGAUCCCUGCCGUACGGCCGCGCCCUCUCCCUCUUGUUUCAUCCUUCUAAUGCAAGCUUCUUCCUUUUCCCCCACUUUCCCCCGCUCUUCACUUUUCCCCCUCUCCUUAUGCGUCCAUUUGAAGGACUACAUCACGGUCGGCCAGUUAAGCCACAUAAUUGGAGUGCAGAGACUCGAUCCCUCCUCUUCCGCAUCUAUUACACUAUUCCAACUUCCCUCCUCUGACUCCACCUUCACGUGCCACACAAGUGGCCCUUCCUCCCUUGUCUCUGCAAAGAGCCAGCCCGAGCUGAGUAGGAAUGCAAUGUCUCCUAUUAACCUCGAGCGCUGGUACCAGGACAUCAUGGCUGCAGGGGAGCCUCCGUCAUGCCCUCCACCACUGCCUGCAAAAUCUUUUUCUGCACGCAGGCAUGGGCAGUUGCUGAAGUCCAAGUCAGACGGUGAAGUUGGUCACACGGCAUCCUGUCCUCCUGUAAGCUGCCUUACCACUGCGCCUCACUCCACUCUUACACGUGAUAAAACCUCCAAGGGAUUACAGUUAAUGCUGAAAGAAGAGUCAAAUCCAUGGGACAUGGACUCCAGGAAGCUGAAUAAAGAUCCAUCUCCUACAGUACAUCACUCCAUCUUGCAUCAUCACUGUCCACCUAGCGGCAACCAGGCGUACGACACCUUGAGCCUGGAGAGCUCAGACAGCUUGGAGACCAGCAUCUCCACCAGCAACUCCGCAUGCACCCCAGAAAGUGCUUCCGGCUUGGAGACCCAGAGGUUGGAAGAGAUGGAGAAGAUGUUGAAGGAGGCACAGCAAGAGAAAGCCAGGCUCAUUGAGCACAGAGAGAGGGAGGCGCAGACUCGACGGCAUCUGCUGGAGGAGGAAAGGAAGAGGCGUGAGGAGGCCGAGAGGAGGCUUUUUGAUGAGACGGCCCACAGGAGGAGGCUGGUGGAGGAAGAGGUCAAGAUGAGGGAGAAAAACUUUUCCCAGGCCCGUCCCAUGACGCGCUACCUGCCCAACCUGAAGGAGGAGUUUGACUUGCGUGCGCACGUGGAGUCGUCGGGCCACAGCAUCGACACGUGCCCCUUCGUCAUCCUUACCGAGAAGAUGUGCAAAGGUCAUCUGGUCAAGAUGGGCGGCAAAAUCAAAUCGUGGAAGAAACGCUGGUUUGUUUUUGACCGCCUCAAGAGGAAUUUCUGCUACUACGUGGACAAGCACGAGACCAAGAUGAAAGGACUCAUUUACUUCCAGGCCAUUGAAGAGGUUUAUUAUGAUCACUUACGCAUUGCUACCAAGAGUCCCAACCCGUCUCUGACCUUCUGUGUGAAGACUCACGACCGCCUUUACUACAUGGUGGCGCCAUCCCCGGAGGCCAUGCGGAUCUGGAUGGAUGUCAUAGUAACGGGUGCCGAGGGCUACACGCAAUUCAUGAGCUGAGGGACCUUGCUGAAGGAUGACAGAGGGUGCAGAGCCUGAAAGCGAGUCAGACCGAAGGUGAAAUGGAUGUCACAAGGACACCGAUGAUGUGAAGGCCUGCUGGGCCGCUGAAGGCUUUAAGUCCUGACACAAGUGAUCGAAAAGAAUUCAUGAGGGGGGAGGGGGGGGGGAUCUGCCAGCGUUAGGGAGCGAUUCUCUCCAUCCAUCUUGUCUGUGACAAUUACAUUAUUUUUAAAACCAACGCAGAUCGUUUUUGAUUGCAGUGUGGUCACUUGUAGCCCUUUCUUGUUUUAUAACUUUUUUAUUUUCUGUUGUGUUACUUUUAAAUAAUUUCAAACACUACAAUGUAAAGGAAAAGUGCUAUUCUUUAUGUAGGUUAUUCAUUUGCAACUAGCUGCCAAUUACUUUGUUGUUUAAUCUUUAUAUUGCAGCUUUGAGGAAGAUAUUUUUAUUAUAUACAUACUUGUCUUUAUUCUACACAAAUAUGUAAAAAAUAAUCCAGAUUACAUUUUAAAGUCUUAUAAUGUAAUUGUAAAUCUACAUAUGUAAAAAUAUAUUAAAAAAAAGUAUGGUGCUCCUCUUU